GUCACGUCGGGCAGGAAAAAGGUAUUCACGAUUCGAUAGGGUUGUACUGAUAUAUAAUAUUUAUAAGCAAGUCGUUUGUGUCUUUCCGGCAUCGGCGCAGGCGUGACCAUCGUGUUACUUCAUUGCACCCACAUACCAUUCGUAUUCCAUAUCGCUUCAACACCUGCCGAAACGGGACCAUCCGAAGUAUCCUGUUCAUUCGUUAGAUCUCGUCAUGCCAACAGGAUUGAAAAUAUCAUCUAAAUUUGUUCUCACACUUUUUCUACCAUUUGUGCUCUGUCAAACUCGGAUGAAUUUGCUGGUUGUGAUUGAGGAAGCCGACUCGUCUAUCUUGGGCAUAUUAAACGACGCAGUCCCGCAGGCGGAACGAAAUUUUGCAAACGACAUGUUUACCGUUUACGUCUCCACCGUUACAGUGGAUCGCGAGGACGUUGAUUCGAGUUUCGAAAAAGUAUGCGCCGUUUUGUAUAAAGGAAUAAGCAUCAUAUUGGACAUGACAUGGACCGGUUGGGACAAAUUGCGGACUAUCGCCGACGAAAGAGGAAUAAUAUACAAACGUAGCGAUUGUAGCAUAAAUCCGUACGUUCAAGCGAUCGAUGAUCUAUUAAUGAUGAAAAACGCAACGGACGUUGGUUUAAUCUUUGAGGAUGAAAGAGAGUUAAAUCAGAGUCUGUAUUAUCUCAUUGGAAAUUCGAUAAUCAGAUUGGUGGUUAUCGACGAGUUGACAGAAAGAUCCGUAUCGAAAAUAAGAACCAUGCGACCAUCGCCAUCUUAUUAUGCCAUUUAUGCCAGUACACCGAAAAUGGAAGAAUUAUUUAAAACGGCUAUCGGAGGAGGACUGGUUAGAAGAGAGGGUAUUUGGAAUUUAGUAUUUACUGAUAAUAAUCAUCGCGACUUUCGGUACAUGAGCGGUGAUCUUCAGUUGAAUGUUUCAUUUACCAUCCUUACUAUGCGAGCUGACAUUUGUUGUCGAUUAAUGGGCGAAGCGUCCUGUAAUUGUCCCACAAAUUUUAAGAUAUUUCCUUAUUAUUUCAAACGUUUAAUUGGCUUGAUCGUAAGUUUGAUGAGCGACGUUCAAAGGACGGGUGUAAGUGUAGCUCCAAAAACUGGUCAAUGCGAUAAACCAGUAAAUAUUACUUCAGUUUCAAACAUUACGGCAGAAACAUUCAACAAAAUCUUAAUGACAAGACUAGAUAGUAACGACACUUUCGAAUACUGGUCAGAAAAGGCGAUGAUCACUUACAAAGCGGAGAUCGAGCUGCAAACGGUUAAUCAUGGCUUUGUGGAUGCGCUUGCAACAUGGACGAGACGAACAAAAAUUAAAGAGGCGGAUGGCAAGAAAAUAGAACCGGCCAGGCGAUUCUUCCGGAUUGGAACGGCACCAGCAGUCCCCUGGUCGGUUAUUAAGAAGGAUCCAUCAACGGGUCAAGAUAUGCGCAACGAGGAAGGAAAAGAAAUUUGGGAAGGUUACUGCAUUGAUUUCGUGAAGAAAUUGUCUGAAGUAAUGCAAUUCGAUUAUGAUCUUGUCAUUCCCGAAGAUGAGGAAUUUGGCAAAAAACUGCCGAAUGGCGAAUGGAGCGGUUUAAUAGGCGAUCUAGCUAAAGGAGAAACUGACAUUGCUGUGGCGGCAUUAACGAUGACGUCAGAACGGGAGGAGGUCAUUGAUUUUGUUGCACCGUAUUUUGAACAAUCUGGCAUUCUCAUCGUAAUGAGGAAGCCAGUUCGUAAAACAUCUCUGUUCAAGUUUAUGACAGUGCUAAGACUCGAAGUCUGGCUUAGCAUCGUAGGAGCUUUGACUUUGACCGGUAUCAUGAUUUGGAUACUGGAUAAAUAUUCGCCAUAUAGCGCAAGAAACAACAAACGACUCUAUCCUUAUCCAUGUCGAGAAUUUACGUUAAAAGAAAGCUUUUGGUUCGCAUUGACAUCUUUCACUCCGCAAGGCGGCGGCGAAGCCCCGAAAGCAUUGUCAAGUAGGACUCUAGUUGCAGCCUAUUGGCUAUUCGUUGUGCUGAUGCUCGCAACGUUUACUGCAAAUUUAGCUGCUUUUUUAACUGUGGAGAGAAUGCAGUCACCUGUCCAAUCGUUGGAGCAACUAGCAAGACAGUCACGUAUAAAUUACACUGUUCGGGCUAAUUCUAGUACUCAUCAAUAUUUUAUAAAUAUGAAAAACGCCGAAGAUAAAUUGUACACAGUAUGGAAAGAAAUUACACUAAACAGUACCAGCGAUCAAGUGGAAUAUCGUGUUUGGGAUUAUCCGAUAAAAGAACAAUACGGUCACAUUUUGCAAGCCAUUACUCAAGUCGGUCCUGUAAAAACUACCGAAGAAGGUUUCAAGAAGGUGAUAAAGAGUGAAACCGCCGAAUUUGCAUUUAUUCACGACUCGGCGGAAAUCAAAUACGAAGUUACGAAGAAUUGCAACUUGACAGAAGUAGGCGAGGUAUUCGCCGAGCAACCAUAUGCUAUUGCCGUUCAGCAAGGCAGUCAUUUACAAGAAGAAAUAAGCAGAAAGAUUCUCGAUUUGCAGAAGGAUAGAUACUUUGAGACAUUGGCGGCUAAAUACUGGAAUCAGUCGUUAAAAGCUCAGUGUCCGAAUUCGGACGACAACGAGGGAAUCACGUUAGAAAGUUUGGGUGGCGUGUUUAUUGCAACUUUGUUUGGACUUGCUUUAGCAAUGCUUACUUUAGCCGGCGAGGUUCUUUAUUAUCGUAAGCGCAACGUGUCUCAGAAAGAAAAACAGAAUGACAAAAAAACAGUGAAAAAUAACGAAAACGAUAACAUUAUCAUGCAGAAAAUUGCAUCGAAGCUUCAAAUGAAACCUGCACCUACUGAUGCGAUUUUCAACAAACAACUCAAUAAAAUUCCUCGUGUUUCCCACAUUUCUGUUUAUCCACGACAUUUUACUUUUAAAGAAUAAGCUACACUUUAUUUACAUCAAUAUAUGUCAAUAUAUGUGUAUUUAUUAUCAAUAUGUUUUAC